AAGCAUCGAUCCAUGCUUGAUUGAACUUGGGAAUAACCCUAAGGCGACAAGCCUUGACAAGUCUUGACAAGUCUUCCCCGCAAAAGAUGCCUGUUGCGCGUGGGGUUAGGCCAGCAUUGGAGUCAGCCCGAUUCGCGCCUCUUGACUCCUCCACGGCGACGCCAGGCCAGGAGGCGACUGUGGGAAACAAGUAAACUUGCUGAGGGGCCCUCUCGGCUUUUGUGGGUUUUGCGUCAAGACAUUCAUUGUCAACGAGCCAGUGGCAGUGGUGCUGCUAUGGGGUUAAAAGCAGGCUCUGAUACAGUCUGCUUUGCACUGUAGUAUCCUUCUCCAGCCGCCACAAUGGCCGACCCAGGAACCGCCCCUGCAAUCGAGCGCUCCAUCGAACUGCGCUGCGUCGGUGAUUGGGGCCAGGCCAACUUCCACCGUAUCCUCUCAUGGCUCACCCAGCAAUUCUGCGACCGCGCCGGCCCAGCCAGCCGCACGAUGAUCUUGUCCCUGCGCGACGGUGGCAUGGAUUCGCCGCUCCAGGUACACAACGGACAGGCCGAGGUGGGAAUCUGCACUCCAGCAGGGAUGCUGGAAGCUGCAACAGAUGGUGGAGAGAUUUUCAGAACCACAGGGCCCCUGCCGGACCUGCGCUGUCUCGCCGUCUUGCCCCAGCGCGACCGCAUGAUGUUCGCUGUGAAACUGUCCCUAGGAGUUUGUUCGUUUGCUGAGAUUCGAGAGAAGAAGCUCCCCUUGCGGAUCGCUGUCUCUGCCGACGAUGGGACGAAUUUUAUUGGGUACGUCUCGGCGCGCAUCCUUGAAGCCCAUGGGCUCGACGAGAAAACUGUUCAAUCAUGGGGAGGGAGCUGGGUCAAGGCAUGUCGACCUGAGCAGGUCCUGGCCCUCGUUGAAACAGGCCAGGCAGACGCAGUAGUCCAAGAGGCGAUCAUGACCCCUUGGUGGCGCAAUCUGAUCGAGAGCCGCACGCUGGUCCCUAUCCCCAUCGAGGAGGGUCCCAUGGCACAGCUGUCCACGCGGGUUGGCUUCAGGCUGGCAGUCGUCCAGGCCCAUUUCUGGGACGCUAUCAACCAGGAUGUCGCCUGCGUCGACUUUUCUGAUUUUCUUGUCCUUGUGCGUGCCGACAUGCCAGAUGAUGUUGCUCACCUCUUGACCUGGUGCCUGGUGAUGACAAGAGAAACCCUGGAGGCCCAGUACAAACACAUCCCGCCGGAGCGCAGCCCAUUGUCGUAUCCCCUUGAUCCUGUUAAGAUGGCACAGUCGAGCCUCCCUCUUCACCCGGCAGCAGAGCGGUUCUAUCGUGAGGAGGGUUACUUGGGUUAGGUGCCGAUCAAAACACCUAUAGCUGUUAUAGGGAUCUCUUAUAGAAAGUAUAGCUGCAAGUUAAUUACAAUUUUCA